AUGAUGGAGCCCGGUCAGCCAAGCCAGGACGAACCGACCUCGUGGGAUGAGCUCUGCAAUAUCAAUUUGGUUCCUUCAGAGUUGUUUUUCAAGUUCAGAAAGGAAAUUGAAGGGAUUCGUAUCGGUGUCAAUCUGGAGUUCUACAAUGCUCCCAUCAACGAUGUCCAGACUAAGCUUGUUCUGAAGCCAUUGUCAUCAGAGCGGAAAUGGAAGUUUAUAUGUGAGCCUAUCCGUCAGGAAAUCCGCAUCCAGUCCAAAAAGAUUCCUCUGACCAAAUUUCUAAACGUACAGGUUGGCAUAGGCCAUAGUUUCAAGAUGAAUGCACUUGCAUGGCAGUGGAAGCUUAACACAUGCCUGGGUGGUGAUGGUAUAUCCCGAAUCCGGAACAAGACGACACUCGGUCUGUGCCCUGGCCUAGAUUUCAGGUUUGGGUGGCGAGCAGAUUUUGUUCUCCCUGAAGUUACCGGGGCAUUAGGUAAGGACGAGUUGCUGUUCAACAUGAAGACCGGACGACUGGAUGCAUCAUUAGACAGGAUCGAGACGAUUGUAACUCAGACAACGUGA